ACGCUUAAAGCAUACUCCAAAGGAAUUCAUCGAUCCCUAGUUAUUGAUUAUAACAACAAAAUACCACCAUAUAUCUUAACUCAAUCAGAUAUUAUAAAAUAUAUUCAAGCACACCCAGAAUGUCUGCCCACCAUCGAUUUUAAAUCGUCAUUGCGCUCCCUGGGACUGAUUAAGGAGCGGAAAGUAGUUACUGGUUAUGAUCAUGAGACAGCCUUGAAUGUGUAUCGAAGGAUGGCCGAACAUAAACUAACAGGAAUUGCUAUCGUUAAUAGGGAACAAGAAUUGGUCGGAAAUCUUUCUGCAUCAGAUCUUCGUGGGUUAAGUUAUGAAUCUAUAGAUAGCCUGGUUUUCCCAGUUCUUAAAUUUUUAGCCACUCUUGCUAAUUGUGAGAAUCUCUUAAACCCAAUCAAAGCCACGCCGGAAUCUUCGUUGGAAGAGAUACUGAAACUCAUAACUGUUAAUAGGAUCCACCGUGUUUGGAUUAUCGAUGAUAAAAAACAUGUGAAAGAUGUUGUUUCAUUAACAGAUUUGAUUG